AGGUUCGGGAGGUCGGGGGGUGGGGAGGAGAAGUUCUGAGUAAAGGCUGGAAAUCCAGAUUGAGCACAGACAGGGUCUCGGGUGGAAAUGUGGACGCGGGCCGGUUGCCUUCACGAUGCACGGUAGGGAUAAACCCAAGAGACUGGUGGUGGGAUGGGCGUGCCCGCAAAGAAUGAGGUUCUAAUCGCCAUCCCCCGCGCGCGCACAGCGCUGGCCACGCCCUUCCAGGUGAGCCGGCCCCGGUGUCCUGGGCCGACUCUGCCCUAGCCCUCCCUCUCAGUUCACCUAGACCUCUCCUCCCCACCCCCACUAGGCUUGGAGAAAGGUGGAAAAGGUAGAGGACACCACCCCACCCUUCUCUGGGCCACGCUCCCGGGUUGCUUGCUUGCACGCAGCUCCCAGGUGGUCAUGCACCCUGCACCUGCGGAGGCGCUCCCUGGGACGUGAAGAACAGAAAGAACCCGUUUCCUGUUUUACUCUGUUUUCUAGGCCACUCCAAGGUACUGUCACAACUGCCUUGACUCUUGAAUAGUUUGGCCUCCAUUCAUUUCCCUGUCCCCCACUGCCCCCGAACAAACUCGUUUUGUUGGAGUAAGUAGAGGGUUAGGUACAGACCUGACACUUGCUACUCUACUGCAGGUAGCCUGAGAGAGACUUGACCUGGCAUCGACUCUUUUUCCAAUCACUUUCCCCGCACUUCCGGUGAUGGGAAAGUUGUUUCUUCCUGAUCUUGAUCUCUGCUGUACAGUUCCAAUUUUAGAUAAUGCCUCACAUCUCUGCUCCCCGGGGACCUCCUGGAGCCCCCAUGAUCCGGAAGAAGACAGCUUGAACACAGCCCUCGGCAGGAUGUUGCGGAGGCUGCUGGAGAGACCCUGCACAUUGGCCCUGCUUGUGGGCUCCCAGCUGGCGGUUAUGAUGUAUCUGUCACUAGGGGGCUUCCGAAGCCUUAGUGCCCUCUUUGGUCGGGACCAGGGCCCAACGUUUGAUUAUUCUCAUCCCCAUGAUGUCUAUACUAACCUCAGUCACCUGCCUGGGGCCCCUGCAGGGCCUCUCUCAGCUCAAGCUCUGCCUUACUGUCCAGAGAGAUCUCCUUUCUUAGUGGGUCCUGUAUCAGUAUCGUUUAGCCCAGUGCCAUCACUAGCAGAGAUUGUGGAGCGGAAUCCCCGGGUGGAACCAGGGGGCCGGUACCGUCCUGCAGAAUGUGAGCCACGCUCCCGGACGGCCAUAAUUGUGCCCCAUCGUGCCAGGGAGCACCACCUGCGGCUGCUGCUCUAUCACCUGCACCCCUUCCUACAGCGCCAGCAGCUUGCAUAUGGCAUCUAUGUCAUCCACCAGGCUGGGAAUGGAACGUUUAACAGAGCCAAGCUUCUGAAUGUUGGGGUGCGGGAAGCCCUGCGUGAUGAAGAAUGGGACUGCUUGUUCUUACAUGAUGUGGACCUCCUUCCAGAAAACGAUCAUAACCUGUAUGUGUGCGACCCCCGGGGACCUCGCCAUGUUGCUGUUGCCAUGAACAAGUUUGGAUACAGCCUCCCGUACCCCCAGUACUUCGGUGGGGUUUCGGCCCUCACUCCUGACCAGUACCUGAAGAUGAAUGGCUUCCCCAAUGAAUAUUGGGGCUGGGGUGGUGAGGAUGAUGACAUCGCCACCAGGGUACGCCUGGCUGGGAUGAAGAUCUCCCGGCCCCCCACCUCUGUGGGGCACUACAAGAUGGUGAAGCACAGAGGGGAUAAAGGCAAUGAGGAAAACCCCCACAGAUUUGACCUCCUGGUCCGUACCCAGAAUUCUUGGACACAAGAUGGAAUGAAUUCACUGACAUACCAGUUGCUGGCUAGAGAGCUGAGUCCUCUCUAUACCAACAUCACUGCAGACAUUGGGACUGACCCUCGAGGUCCUCGGGCUCCCUCUGGUCCCCGAUACCCACCGGGCUCCUCCCAGGCCUUCCGACAAGAGAUGCUGCAUCGCCGGCCCCCGGCCAGGCCUGGCCCUCUGCCUACUGCCAACCACACAGCUCCCCACGGUUCACACUGAUCCUUCUCUGUCCACUUUAAUCAUGAAACUGAAUCAGAGGGGUCGUAUUCCCCAUGCCCUCUGCUCCUCACUGCUUUCGGAGGGAUGUGAGGGAACUAAACCCUAGUGCUGUGCUGGGGGGCAGGGACCUCUCCUCACUGCUAGACUGGAGCUGGGCUCCUCUAGACCUGGAGGUUCCUCUUUCUAAGGGGCCACCUGUCAGGGCUUAUGACUGUGAAUCCUUGAUGUCGUUUUAUGUGACGAAUCCUAGGAGUCCCCGGCCCCCGGGGUAGGAGCAGGGCUGGACCCCAAGCCCCUUCCUCGUCCAUGGACAUCACUCCUUUCCAAGAGUGACCUGGCUUCUCCUGGGACCUCUGUGAAUAUUUAUUCUAUUUAUGGUUCCCAAGAAGCUGUUCUGGUGGAGGAAGCCCCUACCAGGGCAUUUCCUGCCAGUGCUGGAGUAGCUCUUCUGGUCUUGGCCCAGGGGGCUGGGAUUUUGAUACCUUUUCUAAUAAAGGACUUAGUCUCA